AUGGCUGAGCAUAGAAAUGGGGUUAGCGACUUGAAUGUGGAGCUGGACAUUGGGAAUCUAGGCGAUGGAGCAGGUGGAGGGGCUGGCGUCAAUGGAAACCAACGUCUCGGUACUGUUCGGGAUCGGCUCUUCCACGCGAUGGUUGUGAAGGUAGCUGUUAGUUAUAGCGGCCAUGUCAGUCAGAAGUGGAGGACCUUGAUUGAAUUCCUUAUUUUAUCAACUGUAAGUUAAUAUUUGAGCUCUCAAUUACGAAAUCUGCUAGCUUAUUCUUCAAUAUAUUUAUGUUUAAAAUUUCAGGCUUUUCUGAUGCUAUUUACCUUAGUUUACGUUCAUUUUACCCAUAGCAGAUAUCCAGGGACGUGUCUGAAUAAGAUCAAAGACACUUGGCCAAAGAAGGGAAUUCUUCGAGUGGAGGUCAUAAAGAACCUCCCGGAGUUUGAAUCGUCGCUGUUCGAUGGUAAGAUAAUAAGUUUUUUUGCUAUUUUUUGUUUAGAUUUUAACGGGACAACUUUUUAUGAUCCGAAAUAUCUACUAACACAUGGUCCAAAAUUUACACCGAGGGAUUGGAGGCCACGUUACACACUGUCCGACCUUCAGUUCUUUUUUUCUGAGGACAACUACGAAGAUGGAGGUAGGUUAUUACUCAAUCGUUGAAAUUCGUCGCAAAAAUUUGGUAUUCGAAAGAAAUAUUGCACUUUUAGAUCUAGUGGUAUUCGAGCCGAAAGUCCAGCCAUUGUUCCAAUAUGCCGUUGAGUAUUCACUAAGUCAUGGUCUCUUAAAGCUAAGUCAAGAGAUGAGAAGGCACUACAAAGUUGAAGAAAUGACUUACAGAGUGGGUUUUUUUAUAUGUAUAGUAGAUCAACAAUUUUUUGGGAAUACAGAUCAAAUUUUCAGAUUGACGGCCAAAACGAUCCCUGUUUAUCGAGCUGGAAGAACCGUUAUCUAACUAAAUGGCUAAGUGGAGGUAUUGGUGAAGUGAUCCAGUCGUCGCUGAAAGCGUUAGCCGAGAACGAGACCGAUAAGGGAUAUCUAAAAGACCUUCUCCACAUGGAACAUUAUCAUUUUGUUUCCACGAGUGUCUCUCAUUACAGCUACAUCACGGCGAUGCUCAUCAUGCUGAUAUUUGUAAGUUGUGUCGAUUACUUAUUAUGGCAUGUUUUGUGGUUAACUUUUCAGACGUUUGCCAUUUCCAUGCUCCUUCGGUUCUCCCAUCAUCAGAUCUUCCUGUUUAUCAUCGACCUACUCCAAAUGUUUGAACUAAAUGAACCGUUAGUUUUCCCAGUAGCUCCUCUGUUAACAGUAAUUUUGGCAUUGGUCGGUAAGUUGUGCGUCAUCAUUUUUUAUAUUCUGCUUGACAUUUAGGUAUGGAAGCGAUCAUGUCGGAGAUUUUUAACGACACUUCUACUGCCUUUUACGUGAUACUGUUAGUCUGGAUGGCUGAUCAAUACGAUGCGAUUUGUUGUCGGUCCACUGUAUCAAGGAAACAUUGGCUGAGGUGGGGUAUAUUAUACAUGGCAUUUAAUGUUUUUAUUUUGUUCUAGAUUCUUCUACUUAUAUCAUUUCGCUUUCUACGCUUAUCAGUACAAAUUUGGAGGUCAGUAUAAUAUUUUUGCUCUGCUUACAUCAGCCAUGUUUAUUCUGGUAAGUAAAUUUUUUAUUAUUUUAGGUAAUGAAAUAAAGAAAAUUAUCUUCAAUUUUUAAAAUGAACGCGAUUAAUGUAAUUUUUAGCAUGCCAUGGUGUUCUUUUUCCAUCACUACGAGAUCCCCUUGAUUUUACACCAGGAACAAUUGUUAAGAGUGGUGGGAGUUGCCCAACAAGAUGUAAGUUCCCUCCUGAUUAGCUCUUAUCUGUGUUUAGGCGUCCCAAAGAGGGAAUGGCGAGCUGAUUCUGGUGAAUAGAGGAGCACCAUCUCAGUCCGAACAAAGGGAUCCCAUGGAGAAUGUUGAACCGGAUCAAAUCCCCCAACUGCCGCAAGAACAACAUCUUGAUGUGGAGAUUGUAGAAAGAGUGGCGCCUCAUGUGUUCCGAGCAAAUUCAGCACCAAUCCCAACCAUCCAUAGGAAUGUGACGUUCACCGAAAGAAGCACGCAGAGGUCUAGUCCAAGGCCUGACCUAGGCAGGGUCAGUCCAAGGCCCCCUAGAUCCAGUACAAGGUCCAGUCCAGAUCCCCAACCAUCAACUUCUAAUGCCCCCACUCAGGCGGCAAAUCGAAUAGCUGACCGUAUGGUCGAUGAGGUCCUUCAGGACCUGUUCGAAGAGAGCCAACACUAA